AUGCCAUAUUUCAAUCUAACCAGUGAUUCAUCAUUUGAUGAUCUAAUUAACAGUAGUUUUCCCGAUAUAAAUGAAAACAAUUGUCAACCAAUUGUUGACAGCAAACCACAGCAGCAAAUAUUGCAAGACUCAGAAGUAGUCAAAUUUGUAGCCAAUUCUGAGGAUGUGUCGAAACAAACUAACAUAAAGUGGUCAAAAAGUGGUCGUUCAAAGGGUCGCCGUUUUAAAUCUGAAAUGUGUCGGAUGUGGACUGAAUGGGCGUAUUGUAGUUUCGGUGAUCGUUGUAUGUUUGCACACGGCAUACAUGAAAUGUCAUCAGUUAGACGACACCCAAACUAUAGGUCACGUAUCUGUACUUCAUAUAACUACGAUGGCUACUGUCCAUUUGGUAAUAGAUGUGAUUUCAUACAUAUACACAACGAUCCAAUCAAACUUAUGGAGCAAACUAUUAAAGCUGUCGGUCAAAUACCGGCGCCGCUGUCCUAUAACACGAUUCAGUCUAAUGACCAGUUGUUUUAUCGCAAUAUAGACUCUGAUCUCAUCGGCGAUAUGUUUUCGUUGCCCACACAGCCUAUUGUUGACCAUAACAGCCGAUUGAAAAUAUUUGAAAAGAUUUCCGGAACUAAUGGUCAAUGA